GCCCUUCCAUGAGCCCACGGCGGACCCUCCCGCGCCCCCUCUCGCUCUGCCUCUGCCUCUGGCUGGCCGCGGCUGCGGCGCGGGAAGCCGCGCAGUCAGCUCUUGCCCCUGUUCUUUGCCUCUCGUUUUGUUGGUGAAGAUAUCACAGUGAUGUCUGCAUUCAACCUGCUGCAUUUGGUGACAAAGAGCCAGCCAGUAGCCCUGCGAGCCUGUGGGCUUCCCUCAGGGUCAUGUAGGGAUAAAAAGAACUGUAAGGUGGUCUUUUCCCAGCAGGAACUAAGGAAGCGGCUAACCCCCCUGCAGUACCAUGUCACUCAGGAGAAAGGGACCGAAAGUGCCUUUGAAGGAGAAUAUACACAUCACAAAGAUCCUGGAAUAUAUAAAUGUGUCGUUUGUGGAACUCCAUUGUUCAAGUCAGAAACCAAAUUUGACUCCGGUUCAGGUUGGCCUUCAUUCCACGAUGUGAUCAGUUCUGAUGCAAUCACGUUCACAGAUGACUUUUCCUACGGGAUGCACAGGGUGGAAACCAGCUGCUCUCAGUGUGGGGCUCACCUCGGGCACAUUUUUGAUGACGGACCUCGUCCAACCGGCAAAAGAUACUGCAUAAAUUCGGCCUCCUUGUCGUUCACGCCAGCAGAGAGCCGCGGUGGCGCCGAGGGAGGCCCUGGGCCAGCUGGCCCAGCCCAGGCAGGCCACGCGGAGCUGUAGGGGCCCGGAGGGCCAUGGAAACAAGUGCACUUAAUGCACAGCUGGUUAAAAAAAAUACUCAGAAUUGUCUUAGAUAUAUUUUUUCAAAAAAAAAAAAAAAUAGAAGGGCAGUUUUGUGCUAUCAAUAUUUUUCUUCUUUUGUUUAAACAGAGGCCCUGGCCACCAAUGUAUUUUGCUAUUGACUAGAUCCAGAACUGUUUAUAACUUCAGCGAACGGAGAUAGCUGUGGGAACCGUCUUCACAAGCCACUUGAGUACCAUUUGGCAUUCUUUUCUUUGAGCACAUAGCUUCUUUUGAGAUUCCCUCCCCCUCCCCCUACCCUUUGCUUAUGAGGCAGGUGGAAGGUGCUUGGUCUCCUAAUGUGAAGCUCAAGAUCUCUGCAGUGGAGAGGGCACAGGGCUCGGGGACCGGGUGCUCAAGGCCGCAAGAUGCAGGGCCUUGAGACACUUGUGCGGGCCCACCUGAGAUAAGGGUGGACUGACGCCUGAGACUUCUCAGCCCUGUGGAAAGUUUGAGCUAAGGUCGUUUAUUCUCACUAAAUGGGUGUGAAGGUCUAAAGUCUUUCCUUAUGUUAAAUUGUUGCCAGAUCCGAGGGGGUGCACUGAGUGUUGUGGCAGAGAGUAAACAUUACCUCAUGGUUAGGCCUUUAUUUUAUUUUAUUUUCCAUUGAAAACAUUGGAAUGUAAGACAACUGUAAAGUGCUGAGCCCCAUGUUGUUAAAAAUCCACAAAGAAGAACACCUGUCAUUGCCUUUUAGAAGUCCGUCCCUCUGCUGCAGCUGGAAGGGCAUUUUGGUGAAUUCCACUGUGUAAAAUAAAAUAUUGGGGACAGUACACUUCAUCAAGGCAGCGGAAGUAAGAGAGCAGAGAGGACCAAGGAGGAAGUCCUGGUUAUUAAAGUACCCAGUGUCGAGCAGAAAAGCUGGUGCCAUACUGCAAG